UCACCACUUCGGCGUGGCCCAACUGCGUGGUCGCUCCGGCACUAGAAGCUUGAAGCUGACGACCGCCGCUGAAAAGCCUCUCGAGCGUCGCCGCCGAGAACACAAAUGCUCCGAUCACCCCGAUCCCGGCGGCGGCCCCGCUGCGGCGCCCACGCCUGCGCCCUGAUCUCCGCUGUCCUCCUCCUCCUCUCCGUCUCCCUCCUCUACUCCCGACUCUCCUCCGCCACCUCCGCCGCCUCCGCCGCGGACGCCGUCUCCGGCCGCGUCCUCUCCGAUCCCGCCGCGGAGUCCGUCGAUCGGCUCGCCGAGCAGCAGCUCGGAGGGGACGACAAGAUCGACGAGCUCGACAUCGUCGAGGAGGAGGAGGAGGCCGAUAGGGGCGGCGCGGCGAAUUCGCGGUGGGAGAGCGAGGACCAGGGCGAGGACGACGACGACGACGAGGAGGCGGAGGCCGAUCGAUCGACGGCCGCCGAUAAGAAUUACUUCUACGAUCACGCGACGGGGUCCAUACGUCGAGCGUUUAGCAAGCGCUCGAUCGACGAGUGGGACUACGAUGGCUCGGUUUUAGGUGUGGGAUCGAUUCCUGAUGAUCGCAGUAAGACGGCGUUUGGAUCCGAUGAUAUGCCGGUGGACGAGGGUUUGAGGAGGAAGGUGACUGAAGUGACGAGCGUGGAGGAUGCUCUCCUGUUGAAGGUGAAUAAGAGGGUUUCGCCGCUGAGGGAAGGGUGGGGCGAUUGGUUCGAUAAGAAAAGCGAGUUCUUGAGGAAGGAUAGAAUGUUCAGGUCCAGUCUGGAUAUUUUGAAUCCGUCGAACAACCCGAUGUUGCAAGAUCCGGAUGGGGUCGGCGUAACCGGGUAUACCAGAGGGGAUAGGUUGGUGCAGAAAUGGUGGUUGAACGAAUUCAGGAAAGUGCCGUUUUCUGUCAAGAAGCCAUUAGGGAUCUCAGAGGAUGCUCGAGAAGCGCGAUUGCGAGAAAACAAUGAUGUGGCUAGUAGUAGGAAGACUGGUAGUGCAAUGAGUCAAGAUAGUGAAUUUGAAAGGAGAGGUGAGAUUAGGAGGGCGGAGCGACGGACAUUAGAUGACAAUAUGAGGAAUGUAUCCAAUAGUGUUGUGAAAACUGAUGGAAGUGAGGCUAAUGGACGUGGUGACAGCAAUUUGUCUGGCAAAAAUAGUCAGAGUGCAGCAAUUCAAGAGAAUAGGAGGAGUUCAGAAAUUGAAGGUCAUGUAUAUGCAGAUGGAAGGAGAUGGGGUUACUACCCUGGCUUGCAUCCAGGGCUAUCAUUCACAGAAUUUAUGAAUGCAUUUUUUAGAACGGGUAGAUGUCACUUAAGAGUUUUCAUGGUGUGGAACUCGCCACCAUGGAUGUUUAGUGUUCGACAUCAAAGGGCACUGGAGAGUCUGCUCUCACAGCAUCCAGAUGCUUGUGUUGUUGUGUUCUCAGAGACUAUCGAGCUUGAUUUCUUCAGAGAUAGCUUUCUGAAGGAUGGAUACAAAGUUGCUGUUGCCAUGCCAAAUCUUGAAGAAUUGCUGAAAGAUACGCCCACAUUCAUAUUUGCUUCUGUCUGGUUUGAGUGGAGAAAGACGAAGCUUUAUCCUACUCAUUUCAGUGAGCUCAUCCGGCUUGCUGCUCUUUACAAAUAUGGUGGAAUAUAUAUUGAUUUUGAUGUCAUUGUGUUGAAAUCACUCUCUUCUCUCAACAACACUGUUGGUUUGGAGAGUCAGCUUGAUCGACAGUCUCUCAAUGGUGCUGUAAUGGCAUUCAGAAGGCAUAGUCCCUUCAUAAUGGAGUGCUUGAGGGAGUUCUACUCGGUGUAUGAUGAUACCCAGUUCAGAUGGAAUGGGGCUGAUCUUUUGACAAGAGUGGCAGAAAACUUUUCAAGAAUUGGGAGAAGAGAAGUUGAGCCGCUGGAGCUGAAAGUGCAACUGUUCUUCGUCUUCUUUCCUAUUAGUAGCCAAGAUAUUACGAGAUACUUUGUUGCUCCUUCAACGGAAAUUGAACGUGGACAACAAGAUUCUCUCUUCAGAAAAAUUCUGGAUGAAUCCUUGACAUUUCAUUUUUGGAACAGUGUUACUUCUACUCUAGUUCCUGAGCCAGGAAGUCUUGUAACCAGGCUAAUUGACCACAGAUGUAUCCAUUGCUUCGAUGUAUUGUGAAAUAGACCCAAUUUUUCCUCAAGUUAAUUGAAGACUUCAACUAGCA